AUGUCACCACCCGCAGCAAUCAUAGAGCCAGCGGCUUCAGAGCCAGGUCUCCAGAAUAUAUUUAGGAACAAGACCACCAACAGCGCUCAUCAGCAUCGUCUGAACCCCGAGUAUACCAUUGUUGAAGACCCCAUCGGCACCCGGCGGCCCCUUCGCGUAGUCUGCCUCGGUGCAGGGUACUCGGGUCUUAUGAUGGGUAUUGUCUUUAACGAACGUAUGAAGGAUGCCAACGCAGAAUUUCUUAUUUAUGAGCGAAACGCCGACUUGGGAGGAACUUGGUAUGAGAACAGAUACCCGGGAUGUCAGUGUGAUAUUCCAGCGCAUAACUAUGCCUACAGCUUUGCUGCAAACCCAGAGUGGCCAAAUUAUUACGCAACAUCAGAACAAAUUCAUUCUUACAUGAAAGAUGUGGCCAAAAAAUAUGAGGUUGAGAAAUAUAUUCGCCUUCAACAUUCAGUCCAAUCUGCUAUCUGGAAUGAACAAAAGGGAAAGUGGGAUCUCCAGAUCAAAAACGGUUCUACCCUGAUCCGAGAUGAAUGUGAUGUCUUUAUCAAUGCUAGCGGUGUAUUGAAUAAUUGGAAGUGGCCCACAAUCGAGGGACUGGAAACUUUUAAAGGAAGACUCAUGCACUCAGCAAAAUGGGAUUCUGGCUACGACUUUACCGGGAAACGCGUUGCCUGCAUCGGAAUUGGGUCAUCAGGCAUUCAGAUCGUCCCUAAGCUCGCCAGUGUCGUCGGGAAUAUGGAUUGCUACGUCCGAAGCCAAACUUGGAUCAGCCCAGCUCCUGGAAUCAACGAGCCAACAGCAAAUGAUCCAGAAAUGGACCAGGAUUAUAAUUUCGCAGAAAGUACUUUGGAGUUAUUCAAGGAUCCCAAAGUUCUUCGCGACUAUCGCGCUGCCAUUAUGAACAGAAGAGCAGAAAACUUCAAUCGUGUGAUUGCUGAUUGUGACCUUCAACAGCAAGCUCAAGAUAUGUUCCGAAAGUCCAUGACCGACCGUUUGGGUGACAGUGAAAAGGGAAAGCGCGCAGCUGAACUUCUAAUCCCCUCUUUUCCAGUUGGAUGCCGUCGCCAAACACCGGGGCCUGGUUUCCUGGAGGCUAUUACCCAGGACAACAUUGAGUUGAGAUGGGAUGAUAUCUCAAAAAUCACCGAGCGAGGAAUUCUUACGAGAAGCGGCGUUGAGUUAGAAUACGACAUUAUUGUCUGCGCGACGGGGUUUGACACUUCAUUUAAGCCUUCAUUCCCAUUGGUUGGCCGCAACGGAGUCAACAUGGCGGAUAAAUGGGAAAAGGACGUCCCGAAGGCAUACAUGAGCAUGUGCGUGCCGGACUUUCCCAACUACUUCUGCUUCGUCGGACCCAAUUCACCAUUGGCAAAUGGGUCACUAAUUCUCGGAAUCCAAGCAACCGCUGCCUAUAUCUACAAAUGGAUGGAGAAGAUGCAAACAGAAGGUAUUCGCAGCUUCGAGGUCGACGAUGACGUCAACGAGGAGUACAAUCAGCAUAUUCAAAAGUAUCUUGAGCGUACAGUGUGGACUCGAGAUUGCCGUAGUUGGUAUAAGCGAGGUACCAUCGAUGGCCCGGUUAUUGCUAUCUAUGGUGGGUCAAUCUUCCACCUAUUGGAGGCUAUGAAGAACCCGCGCUGGGAGGACUUCAAAAUGGAUCGAACGCCGGAAGCCAAGAUUAACCGGUUCUCGUAUCUGGGUAAUGGAAUGACUCUGAGAGAGACCAAGGGAGGAGACAUCGGCGCCACGCAGACGCUAGACUUUGACGAAUUCUGGAACCUGUUUAAUCUCCCACAGGUCCAUGAUUAG